AUGGUGCUCAAAUUAAAAUGUUUUUAUUAUACGUUAACAGCUUUGUUAUUAAUAGCUGUAGUACCGGCCCAGUCUGCGAGCGACUUUUUGGAUGAAGUUAGAGGCGUUCGAGUGAGACGUCAAGCCGGGUAUGUGUAUGAAAAGCCGAGUGUUUCAUUUGACCUGCCUUCGCAGAGCACACCUGCACCUACUCAAGCACCAAAUGUUGACAGGACGCUGACGCAGCAAAUGUAUUACGCAUACCCCGUGCCAGCAGCAGGUGAGACCGCCAACGGAGGCGGCACAGCGGGGAAUGCCGCCGCGGCUGCUUCAGCAGCGGGCUCAGCUGCGAGCGGCGGAUACAACUAUAAGUCAUCCACAUCGACUAAUUUCGGUUAUAACUACGGCUCUCCCCCUUCUGGAAAUAGCGGUUAUCAGGUUGCGAAUGCAGGAUCACAAGCCUCUGGUUCUGGGGCUGCUAAUAAAGGCACUUCACAAGGCGGCUAUAGUUCUACUAGCACUGGAACCUCACAAGGGGGUUACAGCGCUUCUAAUACUGGAACUUCACAAGGUGGUUACGGUUACAGCGCGCCCUCACCAACUCCUGUCCCAAAUAUACAAGGGUCAGUUGAAGUGUCUACUAACGCUCCUAGAUAUUUACCACCUACAGCUGGUAGUGGUAGCGGUGGAAUUGCAAACGAUGGCGGUGUUUCUGUCAAUUCUGGUUCCAGGCAAGUCUCAAGUACAGGCAGUGUACCUGCAAACCCAGUAGGCAAACCAUCAGAUUCUUACUUGCCACCGAAAGUGGCAACUAAUACAAUUUCAUCUGGUCAAACCGUGACUUCAACAUCAACCAGCAGUCAGACUAACAGCAACAGUGGUACAGUGUCAGUCCCUAAUGACGAUUACUUACCGCCAGUAAUUUCCACUUCACCAGCACCGGCCCCGGUUCCCGUGGUACCAAAUUCAAAUUACAUUCCUCCUUCAAAACCUGCAACUUCAUAUCUCCCACCAUCAUUCUUUUGA